UUUGUGAACAUCACAGACAAAGCAUGGAGUCUAGAAACGUUCAUAUCGAUCACCAAAAGAGGCCAAGCGUGGAGGAGCCUGGUCCAGAGAAGAAGAAUAAGAAGCAGAAGAAGACGAUAAUAAGUUACAAAGAAUGCCUGAAGAACCAUGCAGCUUCAAUAGGAGGAAAUGCAACAGAUGGGUGUGGCGAGUUCAUGGCUGCAGGAGAAGAAGGCACACCUGAAUCUCUCAAAUGCUCAGCCUGCAAAUGCCACAGAAACUUCCACAGAAAACACUUUGAAUCUGAAGAUUCUGAUGAUGAUACGCCUUCUUCUCCAUAUUAUGAUUCUCGUCGCCAUCACCAUCACCAUCAUCAUCAUCUUCUUAAUCUUCCAUCACAGAUGAUGAUGCUUCCAAAUAAUGAUGAUCAUGAUCAGGUCGAGAUGAAACCCUUAUUGACCCAUGAUUUGUGUCUCACAAGUUAUAAUAAAAGUGGGUCAAAUGGUUCAUCAGAUCAUGAAUCUGAUGAAAAGAGGGUGGUAAUGAGGAAGAGGUUCAGGACCAAGUUCAGUGAAGAGCAGAAGGAGAAGAUGCUGAGAUUUGCAGAGAAGGUUGGGUGGAAGAUGCAGAAAGUGGAUGAAUCCAUGGUUCAGCAAUUCUGUGAAGAAGCUGGAAUCAAGAGAAGAGUGCUCAAAGUGUGGAUGCAUAAUAACAAGAACAAUCUUGCCAAGAGAAAUCUCUUAUCCACUAGCUGAAUUCAUUGUAGUGUUAUUAAUUAUCAUUCUUCACUGAAUCAUUUUUCUCAGUUUGUUUGCUGUUUUCAAGGAAUUUCAGUGUCAAAGUUUGAGUUUGACGAA